ACCGGCAGCCUUUGAAAAAGCGGCGCGGCUCAUUCAAGAUGGCGGAGCUGGAGCAGCUGCUGGAUGAGAGUUCCUCUGCAAAAGCUCUUGUUAGCCUUAAAGAAGGAAGUUUAUCUACUACAUGGAAUGAAAAAUAUACUUCUGUAACAAAGACUCCAAGCAUGAAGACAAAAAAUUCAUUUUCGUCAAUGGAAACUCCAACCAGAAGCUCCAAAAGAAGUCGUUUGUUCUGUGAGGAGGAUGACCGACAAAUGAAUUCAAGGUCACCAAGGAGAAGUCAUAGGGUAACAGUUGUGCCUCAGAAACUUGCAUCAACGGCAACUCCAGACAAAAAAGUUUCACAAAGAAUUGGGCUCAGGUUGCGAAACCUUCUCAAGCUUCCAAAAGCACACAAGUGGUGUAUUUAUGAAUGGUUUUAUUCAAAUAUUGACAGGCCUUUGUUUGAAGGAGACAAUGAUUUUUGUGUCUGCUUGAAAGAAUCUUUUCCUAACCUAAAAACCCGAAAAUUAACUCGCGUAGAAUGGGGAAAAAUCCGAAGAUUAAUGGGAAAACCAAGAAGGUGUUCAGCAGCAUUUUUUGCAGAAGAAAGAUCAGCUUUGAAACAGAAGAGGCAUAAAAUCAGGUUGCUCCAACAAAGAAAAGUCACCGAUGUCUCACACUUCAAAGAUCUUCCUGAAGAAAUUCCCCUUCCUUUAGUUAUUGGAACAAAAGUAACAGCUCGAUUAAGAGGUGUUCAUGAUGGAUUGUUUACUGGACAGAUUGACGCUGUUGACACAAUUGCUGCAACUUACCGUGUAACAUUUGAUCGAAAUGGCUUGGGGACACACACAGUUCCUGACUACGAAGUUCUUAGCAAUGAGCCCCAUGAAACAAUGCCUAUUUCUGCCUUUGCACAGAAACAACGGCCCAGCAGAUUCCAGUCAUUGAUGACACCACCACGGAUACCAUAUUUUUCCACUCCAUCUCCACUGUUGGAUAGUGAUCCCUUGCUGUCACAAUCGCCAUGGAAAAGUAAAUUAGCAGGCUCUGAUGGAGAAACCUUAGGUGGAUUUCCUGUAAAAUUUCUUGUGCAAGUAACAAGAUUGUCCAAAAUACUCAUGAUCAAGAAAGAACACAUUAAGCAGUUAAAAGAAAUGAAUACCGAAGCAGAAAAACUGAAAUCCUAUUCAAUGCCAAUUAAUAUUGAAUUCCAAAAACGAUAUGCCACCAUAGUCCUGGAGCUAGAACAGCUCAACAAAGACUUAAACAAGGUAUUGCAUGAAGUCCAGCAAUACUGCUAUGAGCUUGCUCCAGAACAAGGCAUGCAACCUGCUGACCAACCUUCAGAUAUGAGAAGAAGAUGUGAGGAGGAAGCUCAAGAAAUAGUCAGACAAACUAAUAUUUUGCCAAGUGGACAACAUUGCGUUAGAAGUGAAAGUCUUACAGACCUUAUUUCUGGACUUACAGCUGUCUUGCUUCAAAUAAAGUGUCUUGCAGAAGGGGGUGAUUUGAACUCGUUUGAAUUUAAAUCAUUAACAGAUACAUUGAACGACAUCAAAAAUUCAAUAGAUGGUUCAAAUAUAAGUUGCUUCCAGAAUAAUGUAGAGAUCCAUGUUGCACAUAUACAGAGCGGCUUAAGUCAGAUGGGAAAUCUUCAUGCAUUUUCAGCCAACAACACCAACAUGCUGUGGCAGGUAUUGUGACUAACUGGAUAAGGUGUUGGACCUUAAACCACAAAGUUAGUGCUUUACUUCCCACCUUUUAAAAGACACUAUGUGACUCUCACUAAGUUACUUUACCUGCCAGUGCUCCAUUUGUACAUAAGGGGCAGGGGGCGUGAAUGACCUCCUUAUGUUGUAAAUGCAUUGCAGGGGAUGGUUAUUACUAUAAAUAGAAUAUUUAACAAUGACAUAAUUUUAAUAUCAUGUUCACGGACAGUAUUUCUAGAGUAACUGGUUUAGCAAAAUCCCUUAAAUCAAGGUUUUCUAUUGAGUAAAAACAAUUGUACUACAGAAAAUCAUUAUCUUAGUUAGGUGGGCACUGUAUAAUAAUGAUGACUUUAUGAAAUAAAAAAAUUAAUUUACAUUAGUGUAAUCUAUUCAGCAUAUUUGCACUGGUCUGCUACAAUUAAGAAGAAAAUGUUGAAUGCUUGUUUAACUAUCUUGGAGCAUAUUUCUUUAUUUUUGUAAAUGCAUUGUUUGCUAAUAAAAGUACAGUAUAACAUUUUAAUAUCUUAAUCUUCAAGAUGAACAGUAACCCAGUUCCUAGUGGCUGUAUUUGAUUUUUGUGAUUUUUGUAUAUCUGUAAUUUAUUUCAUCUUCAUAAUUUCAGGUGAAGAACAAUAGAAAAUUCAAAA